AUGGUGACCGUAUCUGAUAAGGGCUGUCUCGCCGGCUAUCACCUUCUUCUGGUGAUCUUCUUCUUCCCGGCCGAUGAGCAGUCACCAAUCGCUGGACCAGACUAUGGAAAAGCUCCCAUCAAUAAAAAUCUAUCGUACGUGUGGACGCUGUCUGCAGACAUUGAUUGCAUUGCUGGCUUGCGGCCCAAUAAUGGCGCAAUACACGCAUUAUUCAUUUAUGGACACGCACAGGAUGGUCUGUCUCUGGAAUUUUCAUGGUCUGCUCAAGGAUACAAGCUCCAACAGGUCUUUGGAGAGGAUGGUCUACAGUUUGAGAUAUUCGAGAAGAAUGUCAACUUGGGGAGAACGUGGUUUGGAAGUCCAUGUUCAGGCUGUGCGUGCGAGCUUCUGCCCCAAUCCGUACUGGUGUUCAACCCCGGGGAGCGGUACCUUGAAGCGCUGCAGAAAGACAACGUGGAGCCCGUUUUUCGACACAAUCGAUCACGUCACGCCAGACUGCGCGAGCUGUGGAAGGACGACCCUCUCUCGUACUGCGGCCUCACGGUGUCCGGGUUCCCGAACUACUUGAUCUUCCUCGGGCCAAACACGCCGAUCGCAAAUGGCAGCCUGAUGGGCGCGCUGGAGGAGACGACUGAUUACUUCAUGCGACUGAUCCGGAAGAUGAGCACGCAGCGAGCUGUCUCAUUUGAUGUGCGGUGUGCCGUACAGGAGGAUUUCAAUGCGACCACGCAGGACUUCAUGCAAGCUGGAUCGACGGGAGGAUUUCGAGUGAAGUACGACGGCAACUGCUUUGCGUAUUGGGGUCAAGGGUAUUCCAGUGUCGAGCGCGAGAGCGAGCCAGAUCUGAGUUAUUAUAUCCAGCAGGCACCCAGAUCUCCCGUGGAAAGCGUCAGCAUGCAAACUAGAAUAUCAGUCAGAGGAGGCAUUGGAGAAGUCAUGGGAUGA